AGGACAAUACACUCGACUUGUUUCCUCUGGUAGGAGACUCCAGGACUAGGGGGUCACUACUUAAAACUGAUGUAGGGUGGAGAUGAGAUGAGCUUUUCUGUCUCUCUGUGAGUGUUCGGACCAUUCUCCGGAUCCGCAGGUGUUUGUGCCGCGGUAGCCCGCCCCUCGCUCCCCUCCUCCCACCUCGCUCUGCCUCGCAGUCACUCCCAGACGCAGGGAGCUGUCAAUCGGGUCCUUGCAGCGCCGGGGAUCUGCUCCGAGCUGGGCUGAGAUGUGAUAACGUGGACGGUUCCCCGGGCACCUUUCACUAGCAUCGCUCCUUCUAAUUCAAUGCUUCCCUUCCUCUGGCUCCUCCUGUGAGAGAGACUGAGUCCCAGAUAUCAGACAGGGUCUGACUCUCGCUUCUCUGAAAUCAUCUUGCUGAUGACGUCUCGGUGAUCAGAAGAAACCUUGUUCAUAACCGGACUCCACCUACAGUCUAACAGUGACUCGACCACAGUCUCACCAUGUGCUUAUCCGCUGUAGGAGCCUUCACCCUUGUCUUGCUGCUGACCUUGGCUGAUGGCGUGAGAGGGAAGGAGCAGCGGAGCAAGAGGCCAUCUGUGCCUCAGAUAGACUGUGAUAUCAGAGCGGGCAAGGUGAAGGUGUCUGAAUUUGUGGCGCAGUGCCCACCAGGAUGCCUGGGCACGAAGCAGGCGGUGUGGGGCACGGAUGUCUACGCUUCGGUUUCCAGUGUGUGCGUCGCUGCCAUCCACAGUGGUGUCAUCAAAAAUGGAGGAGGGAAGAUCCUGGUUCGGAAGGUGCCCAACAGUUCCAGCUACAAGGGGACCUUUUCCAAUGGUGUUCGCUCCCUGUCCCUCCCCAGGUGGAGAGAGUCAUUCGUCGUGUCAGCUCCCAAGCUACAGAAAGGAGUGACCUACCCAUCCAUCCUUGAAUUCCUGCCUCCAAGAAGUUCAAGAAUAAGAACCGCAGCGAGGCUGAAGACCACCAGGGCGCCAGCUCCCACCAGCACCCAGCCAACCACCGUCCUGCCCAGCACCCGGCAGACCGUGACGACCCGGCCGGCUCCACGCGAAGCCCCCACCGCCCACCUCCCCCGGCCAAGGGGCAUCGGAGUGAUGGGCACCUCUGGACAGCCGGCCAGCCCCUGGCCACCGCUGCUGGGUGGCAGGGAACCAGCUUUCCGGGAGACAGGGGUGUCCGAGUUCAACAACAGGAACUACCCUCUGCCACAUGCAGGGGUCCACCGGUCGGAGCCAGCCAUCGCAGUGCGGCAAGCAGGAGGCUUGGGUCCCAGUCAUGGUUUCACCAGACAGGCUCAGCUGGAGCGGCCCAGAGCGGAUUGGCCGCUUCCUCCGGUGAAAGCACGGGACAACGAUGAGCUGGCCACCGACCCUGCCUACACCUGGGCUGAGGAGAAGACCCUCGACAACCCAGCUUACAGCUCCAAGCCUGGGCUGUCUGACUACCAGAAGUGGGUCCUUGGCCUUGGUGAGGGCACUCACAAUCACAGAGUUCAGGAUCUGAGUUCAUGGACACUCGGCUCAUCAGACCACGGUCAAAGGCUCGGAAGACCAGCGAACAGACCGUGGGAAUACAGCCCAGAAUCACUCACUGUGCAAAAUCAGAACACCGAUGAAACGGAGAUUAAUUUUUGGAAGUCGGACUUUGACGCCAGGGGUUUCAGCACGAGGGACCAAGAUCUCAUCGAGGAGCCAAUUUCCAGAGGAGAUCCAAAUUGCAAGGUGGACCUUGCCUUCCUGGUGGAUGGAAGCUGGAGCAUAGGAAGACGAAGAUUUGGAAUUCAGAAGAAGUUCUUGAUGAGCGUGGCAGAAGCCCUUGAUAUUGGAAUCGCAGGCCCCCUCAUCGGCAUCGUCCAGUUUGGGACUAAUGCCAGCAUUGAGUUCAAUCUCCAGACCUACCACAACUCCCGCCAUCUUAAAAGUGCCAUUGAAAAGAUUCCACAGAAAGGUGGUCUCUCCAAUGUGGGCCGAGCACUCAGUCACACCAUUGGCAACUUCUUCUCCAGCGAGCAGGGCAACCGUGGAGGAGCCCCCAACGUGGUGGUGGUCCUGGUCGACGGCUGGCCCACCGACAAGGUCGGAGAAACCGCUCGCCUCGCCAGGGAGUCCGGCAUCAACAUCUUCUUCAUUACCGUGGAAGGUGCUGAUCAAAACGAAAGGCAAAACAUGGUCGAGAAAGACUUUGUGGACAAGUCCGUGUGCAGGACCAGCGGCUACUUCUCCAUCCACGUGCCCAGCUGGUUCCAGCUGCAGCGGGUGGUGGCCCCGCUGGUCAGUCGGGUGUGUGACACCGAGCGCCUGGCCUGCAGCAAGACCUGCCUCAACUCAGCCGACAUCGGCUUCGUGGUGGACGGCUCCAGCAGCGUGGGCACCGGCAACUUCCGCACCGUGCUGCAGUUCGUGGCCAACAUCAGCCGGGAGUUCGAGAUCUCUGAUACGGCCACCCGGGUGGGCGUGGUGCAGUACACCUACGAGCAGAGGCUGGAGUUUGGCUUCGGGGAACACAACACCAGGGAGGCGGUGGACAGUGCCAUCAAGAACAUCAGGUACUGGAGCGGGGGCACUAGCACUGGUGAGGCCAUCACUUAUGCCUCCAAGCACCUCUUCAGCAAGUCCAAGCCCAACAAGAGGAAGCUCAUGAUUGUCAUCACUGAUGGCCGAUCGUAUGAUGACGUUCAGACUCCUGCACUGGCUGCCCACAGGAAUGGUGUGAUUGCAUAUGCAGUAGGGAUUGCCUGGGCAGCGAUGGAUGAAUUGGAAUACAUCGCCACAGACCCUGACAAGGACCACUCCUUCUUUGUUGAUGAUUUCGACAGUCUGUAUCAGUUUGUGCCCCGGAUUGUGCACAAUAUUUGCCAGGAAUUCAAUUCACAGCCACGCAACUAAGCAAACCCCAUGAAGGGCUGCAAAACUCUAGCUGCUCGACUUGUACUUACUGUUUUAAAAGGCAAGCUUCAAACUAUCCAGCCGACAGGGCAGACUUUGUGCCAUGCCUUCAGGUUUUCUUGCUGACACCAAGCUUUUUAGAGGCAUGUAGCUGAAACAGGAUGACUUUCUGAGGUGUAACCAUAUAGGCAGGAGGCAUCUGUUGCUUCACCUGAUGGUACCAGUGCAACCCAGCUGUCAGGUUUGGUGUCCAUGAUCCCCAAAUCCUUGAAGAUUCCCCAUUCUGGAGGCCCAACCUUGACAGCAAGGGAUCACUGGGUGGCCUAGGUCCCACUCCUGGAUCCCUGGGGAACAGGUCAGGUAGGAGUAGGACAAUCAUUUCCCAUUACAGGCACCUUAGUCUGGGUGAGUAAGGUGGACCAACUUGUGCUCCAGCCAUCUGAAGCCCAAUGGUGGGGGAAGAGCCAAGAUGUCCUGGAGGAGCUUUUCCCUCUCCCUAAUGAGUAAUUGAGCACAGGAAGGGUAUCAAGGCUGCAGAAAGAACUCUAUUCUACUAAGGCUGGUGUGGGAGGGGCUGCAGUGUAAAGGACAGAAUUCAGGGAGGAAGCUAGAACCUACAUCUGAUUGGUGUCACUUCCUAUGGUAGGUGAAGUGAGCUUCAGAAGAUCCUAUGCGCUGGCAUUCCAUGCUAUGGUGGGAAUAAGACAUCUGGGGUGCUGGAAUCCCAGUGGAACCAGAGAAAGGUGUUGACCCAGAGAUUUGAGCACACAAUCCAGGCCCCCAGUCAGUGUAGAACUGAAGUAACACUUGGAGGUGCCAUUGUUUGGAUGAUAUUUUAAAUUGACACCCAAUUGCACUCUGUCAACUGUUCACUAGUGGAAGUGACAAGUUCAAUGGUGGUUUUGUGGAAGGAGUGUUAAUGUCCUGGCCAGUAAUUAUCCUUUUUUUAAAGAACAAGAGAUUGCUGUUAGUUUUCACCACAUGACAAUACUUUGACUUACAGGGUGGCAUGGUGAUGCAGCAGUUAGUGCUGCUGCCUCCCAGGUUCAAUCCUGACCUCCAGUCCCGUCUGUAUGGAGUUUGCAUGCUCUCCUUGUGACUGUGUGGGUUUCCCUGGGGUACUCUGCCUUGCAUAGAUGUGCUGGUUGGUUAAUUGGCUACAUUAAAUUGCUCUUUGGAUGGGUGUCAGGAGAAAUGAGAGCAGCAGUUAAUGGUGAGGUGGGAGGAAUGGCAUCCAUGCAGAUGGGUGGUUGGCAUGGCUGCCAAAGGGCCCAUUUCUGUUCUGUCUGACUACAACAUCUUGAUCAUGAAAAGCAUUAUAAUAACACAAACCUUUUGAUCCAUUCUUUAACUGGAUUAGAAUCAUACUCUGCAACCAACAUCCCCUUGUACUCAUUCUCAAUAGAAAUUUAUCCAGUCCCACUGCAACCCAAUCCCCUUCCAAGGAGAAAAUGAGCAAACUGUUCUUUAUACAAAGACACUAGUUUUGGAAAGAGUGGCUUUGAGGCACCAAAACCACUUACAAACCAAUGCUUGCUUUGGGAAGCUCAACAAUUGAAAUGGAAGUUGUUCCAUCUUCAAUCCUAAACUCCCAGUGCACAACCCCUCAUCGUGGGCAUGGAACAGGAGGUGGCACCCCUCUGUAAGUAGAGUAAUAGUUAUGUAGGUCCACAGUAUGAUGCCCAAGCAGUUAAGGUGUGCUUCUGAGUCUGAUCGCCCUGCAAUGUGCAGUGAUCUUUGAAUAGUGACAAAGGACCUUACACUCUGAGCAUCUGCCAGAUGUUAAUGUUAAAGAUACUGUGCCUGAAAUAGACUGCAUUGGGAAGGUUGACCAAUCCACAGGGCAGGUAGGUAAGACUCUCAGUAGAUACAACUGGAAUGGCAGUAUUAGUCUAGCAGCCAAGACUGAGUUCAGAUCCCACAAGUUAUGAAACUAAAGUCAAGAAAAUAAAUGUAGUUAUUUGUGAUUAAAGUUUAUAGAACUAUUCAGAAACAAAUAACUGGUUCACUAAUCUCAUUGGGGAAAGGAACCUCCCAACCUAGUUAUCAAAAUCUGUUUUAAAUCCUGGAACUCCCUACCCAGUAGCAGUGUGGGAGCACCUUCUCAAGGACUGCAGUAAUGCAAGAUGGAACCUUACCACCACUAAUUUGGGAUGGAUAAUAAAAUGCUGGCCUUGUCACCAAAUAAUUUAAACUGACCCUAGGUGACCAAAUAACAUGUAGCAAAUCCUGCCCUACCAUUGGUGCCCACAUCCUGAGAACAAAAUCACAGCAAUGGUAUACUUUAAGUACUGUUGUAAUGGGACACUUAAGACAUCUGCAUUCACAGUGACUAAUUUAGUGAGACAAUUCUCUUGCUUAAAAUGCUCAUUUUUCAAGCUAUGGUUCAAAAGAUAACACAGCAGCUCAUUUACUAAAAUCAAAUGUUGGAUAUCUGCAAAGUAACUACAGAGGCACAGUGGUCAAGAUGAGGUUCUGAAAGAACAUGCACACUGUCACUGGACCUUGAGUGUGAAUCCUAUACAAUUCCCUAACCAAAUAAAAGUUAUGGGCAUUUGAA